UCCCGAUCCUCACCGGACACCAGUGGAUCCUCUUCUGGCGCAGGAGCAGGCUCUCCAUUCACUCAAGGCCAUUGAUACCUGAAGCUUUUAGUCACUAUCUACAUAAUGAACCCAGAGAUUCACUCCUGAAAACAUAUUAUAUUGUGGAGCAGCAGCCAGGAUGAUCCCUGUGGGUGAAUUCAGAAACCUCGGCACAGAGCAGAACUCAAAGUAUCGGGUCCUGAAACCGUGGUGGGAUGUGUUCUCAGAGUACCUGUGCGUUGCCAUGCUAAUGAUUGGAGUCUUUGGGUGCACCUUGCAGCUCACCCAAGACAAGAUUGCGUGCCUGCCCAGUCACUUCACCAGCCCGACACCAGAGGCAAUCGACUGCAGCCACAUCCGGACCUACAGGGAAAAUGAGACAUCACAACACACACUGGUCAAGCCUGUGAGCCCCAUCAUCGAGGAGGUGUUUGGACGCAAGAACAAUCUCGACAUCCACCAAUACGUGUUUGUCAACCACUAUUGCUAUGAGAGGUUUGUCCACUGGUAUGCAAAGUACUUCCCAUACCUCGUUGUGAUCCACACGAUCAUCUUCAUGGUAGCGAGCAGCUUCUGGUUCAAGUUCCCCGGGACAUCUUCUAAAAUUGACCUUUUUGUGACCAUCCUUGGGAAGUGUUUUGAUUCGCCCUGGACCACGAGGGCCCUGAGCGAAGUUUCUGAGGAGAGAAGAGAGGAGAAACUGGUCAGCUGGAGGAGGAAUACCAUCUCAAAGGAUUCCACAGAGCGGCGAGCAGAUGAGGAAGAGACUGCGGGGCUUCUUCGUUCCUCUUCUGUCAAGUCUAAUUCAGAAAAAAUAUGCCCGGAGUCUCAGGCAGCUCCCUCUGUCUUGGAUAAAAAGGAAGGAGAACAGGCAAAAGCUCUAUUUGAAAAGGUGAAGAAGUUCAGAACACACGUAGAAGAGGCAGACAUUUUAUAUCUCAUGCAUGUGCUACAAACAGCACUGAAGGUUUUCAAGUUCCUUAUAAUCAUUAUCUACACUUCAGUGUUGGUACCGAACAUUGAAAUAGUAGUGCGCUGUUAUGUUCCUCCUGAGCUGACUGGUUUUGAUAUCUACUGCUGUAACCACAACAAAGCCCAUCUUUUCUCCAAGCUUGCCUACUGCUACAUCUGCUUUGUGGGAGUGUAUGGACUUUUAUGCAUCUACUCCCUCUACUGGCUUUUUCAUCGGCCUCUGAAGGAGUAUUCCUUUGAGCAGGUCAGACUAGAAACAGGUAUUAACGACAUACCAGACGUUAAGAACGAUUUUGCAUUCCUCCUUCAUCUUGUGGACCAGUAUGAUGCCCUUUUCUCUAAAAGAUUUGCUGUCUUUCUUUCUGAGGUCAGUGAGAGUCGUCUCUAUCAGCUCAACCUCAACUAUGAGUGGACUGCCAAAAAGCUGCGCACUCGUCUUAGCAGGAAUACAAGUAACCAGUUGGAGCUCCACCUGUUAAUGUUAUCAGGACUUCCUGACACAGUCUUUGAGAUUUCUGAACUGGAAUCACUUAAACUGGACCAAGUUAAAAAUGUCAUCAUCCCAGCUAGUGUGGCAAAGCUAGACUCUCUUCGGGAGUUAUCGCUGAUCUACAGCCCUGCAAAGCUCCAGCUGCCUGCCCUGAAUCACCUCAAAGAGCAUUUAAAGGUCCUUCGUCUGGCUUUUCAAAGUUUAGACGAGGUGCCUAUGUGGAUGUACUCCCUGCAAUGCCUGGAGGAGUUACAUCUGAGUGGUCCUUUAACCAAUGAGGUGUCCAGAAGUGCCACUCUGGACUCACUCCGAGACCUUAGAGCUCUGAGAGUCCUCAGUCUCCGCUCAAACCUUACAAAGAUCCCACCCAGUGUAGGGGAUGUAGCAUUGCAGCUGCAGAAGUUGUGCAUUCAUAACGAAGGUGUCAGGCUCCAAGCAUUUAGCAGCCUGAAAAAGUUAACGAACCUAGUGUCGCUGGAGUUAGUGGGCUGUGAGUUGGAGCGCAUCCCAAGUGCUGUGUUCAGCCUGAGCAAUCUGCAGGAGUUGGACCUGAAGGACAACAAACUAACCACUGUGGAGGAGAUUCUGAGCUUACAGCACUGUCGCCGUUUAGUGACACUCCGACUGUGGCACAACAAAAUCACUUACAUCCCCGAUCAUAUCAGUAAGCUGCACACCCUAGAGAUGCUGGACAUUAGCUGGAACAAGCUGAGGAAGCUUCCCUCUCGACUGUUUUAUUGCACCAAGCUCAGGCACCUCGAUGUCUCCCACAACCAGCUCACCUCUCUACCUCCUGAGGUGGGCAUCCUGCAGAGCCUCCAGUUCUUCUCCGCUGCUUUCAACUCUUUAGAGACGAUACCAGAGGACCUGUUCAACUGUAAAAGGCUAAAGUCGUUGGCUCUUGGAAACAACUGCCUGUCGUAUCUUAGCUCCAGAGUGUCCAACCUGGCUCAACUGGUCCGGCUGGAGAUUAAAGGGAACCGUCUGGAGUCUCUGCCUCUGGAGAUAUGGGACUGUCCCCAGCUGACUGUCAGUGGGUUGAUAGUAGAAGAGAGCCUGCUGGAUCUGCUGCCAUCACAUGUAGGAAGCAGGCGCUCUAGCAGCUAAAUUUGUAGAGCUGACGGACUCACCCUUUCUCAAUCUAGCAUAUUAGUCAACCAAAAAUACCUUUAAAAAAAUAAUACUAAGUUGAUAGGUGUCCUGUAAAUACCUGUAUUUAUUUUUUACAAAACUGGAUUUUAAUGUUUCUGAUUUUACUGGUGCAGAUCACACAUCAGUGUAAAGAUUAACAAAGAUUAUCAUAAAGACAGGGUCAGAAUCCUGUCAUGUGUGGAAGAGACAAGCGCUCAGCACUCUACGAAAAUAAACCAGUGAGAAAGACAAGAACUUGAAAUUGUCACUGGCCAGCAUUUUCACUCAGUUUUUUUCUAGUGAAUAUUUUGUGGGUUUCUCAGAGCAAAAGUCAAGGAAUUUCUAAUUGUGCUGUAUCCAGUUAAACAGGUUUCAUACAGCAUGAAGAAGCAUUUCUCACAGUGAGGUGGCUCACGUUGCUCCCUUUCAGGCACUAAACAAGUGGAGGACGAAAAAGCCUUUCAGUAGCAGAAUAAUAGGUGUCCAUUGCUCUGUUUACAUAUUCUGUAAAAUGGAGAAAAGACAGAAUUCAUGCAGGAGAUGAUGAAUCAGAUAAAGGUCAAAUUGACAUGCUAUUUAGUGUGCGAAACAGGACACAAUAAAUAAUAGUUUACAGCAAGAAAGAAUACAGAACUCCUGUUUUUAAAAUGCGUUUUGGAUGAGUAAUAUGUUGAGUGCAGUGAUGUCUGUGAUGACGGGUAGUACUCCUUUUUUCUUUCAACACAUCAUGUACGAAAAAAGGGAAAACAGGAUGUGAUUUCCAGACAACACUGUUGACCAGUUUGAAUUUGAGUGAUAAGAUGUAAAAUAACAAACGUGAUGUUUAUUUUGCACAUCAUAAACUGGUGCAAGUAAAUUUAGAGUGCCUUUUGAACACACAGAAACAAGGAAAUAAAAUCUUUGGAAAGUUUCUGUUGCUAGACUGGAGGUCACGCGUUUUUAGUUUUGGUUGAGAGGGACAGUAGCUGUUGAAAUCCUUUGGAGGAGAGACAUUUGGAAACUCCCGUGUUUGGUGUCUCACAAACACUUGCUUUUUUUUUCAUUCUUUCUUUCUUUUCUUUCUCUCUGUGUUCCCUCUACAUAGCAGUCUCUCUGUGUCAGACUCUGCAUAACACACCUGUAUUCCUUUGUCAGGAUUUCCACAAUUUUGCCCGAAGCACAGUGCAAUCGUGCAGUGCAGUCGUGUCCUGGCUUGCAGGGCUACAAAAUGGGAUCCUGUCAGACAGUUUACGGACAUACCACAGUAAUAUUUGAGCAUACACUGACCUGCCCACGCUGCUACAUUCCUGCAUAAAAACCCUGUGUUUUAUCUCGUUCAUAUUUUAUGAGUUAGAUGGAUUUGAGAGCUGAAAGUUGUCAACAAAGAGCAAAUGAGGGAGACUGAACCAUGGAAUGUUCCAAAGGUGCAUAGCCAGAAUUGUAUGCCUAAUGUUACAAUGCUUUGUCAAUCAUUUCCAUGCUUCUUCUCACUGAAGGUGGCAGUCAAAUGUGUUACCAGCAUUAACCAAAACAGAUGCAACUGCAUCAGGGCGACUAAGUCUUGGCUGGAAAUAACUAACAGCAUGUCUCCAAGAGGGUUGCAAUAAGUUGUUAGGUGUGAUAUCUUCAGUUAGAAGUCAUACCAGUCUGAAAUGUACAAGUGCUGCAAUCAUCCUACUUGUGGAGUGUGCUACUCGGACUGGCUGUCCUAAUGCAGUAUUUACAUUUGAGUAGGAAAAUCAGAUUGGAAAGCUUCCUCUCGCAAUGUGAGGUUUCUGAUGUUUAACUUUCUGUAAAGGUUAGGAUUCAGUCCCUGCAGGCUGUCAUUUCCAAGUGUAGAUCUAAGUAUAUAACCCAACAGAGCAUGUUACAGUGUCUGUUAACGGUCUACUGUGACUCACCACUUGUUAUUUCAUCCCAGAUUUUUAAGUGUGACUAAUAGUAAACUGGUAUCAAAGUCCAUGACUUAUAAAAUGUUUUAUAUCAUUUUACCACUAUUUUAUAUCUUGGUUGGUAUGAAACUUUCUUUUGAACACGCAUGAAUGAGAACUUUAAGAAAGCUUAAUAUGUCUAAAUACAAUGCUCAUGUGUCCAUAUGACAUUGAAAGUGUUACUAGUUACUAGUCAUCUUUCCUGUCCACAAUGACCAUACAGCGUGGCUUCAGCAAAGAGAAACAGUCCAUGGGAACAAAACAAGGUAAUUCCAGUGUUACGUGCCAGGCUACAGUGUUUGUGUGUGUUCUUUUCUUUCCUGGUUUUCCUUCUCUCUCCUCCUGGUUUUUUCUCUCCUCCCCUGUUUGCUCUCUAGGUGCCGCCUAAGCGAUUGACCUGUGACUGACUGCCUUCACCCAGGACCCUAGAAUAAAAGGACCAGGCUCGUAGAGUAUCGCUCUCUUUCUUUUCUCCUUGCUGCCUGUAUGCCAAAGCAGAAAACUUUGAUUUAAUGUUUGUUAAAAAGAGGUAUGUGGAGGGAGGUUGAGAACAAUAGGUUAGUUGGGGUACCCUCUACAUUAUUUCACACGCCUAGUUUCCUUUGUUAAACACACCAGGUUAGAGGUUGGUGCCACCCCCUGUAUUGGUUUUGGUUAAAUCACCUUUUAUUUAGAGAAGCUAGUUAGCCCUUUUGUUUGGAUUUGCUUUUUAGAGGUAGGGGGUAGUUAGGCCUGGUUUUGUUUUAUUGGUUUCAUUUGUUUUGCACAACCUCAUUUUACUCAUCCUCCCCCACAUUGUUGUAACACCUCUGUGAUGUGAGAGCAACUAGGAUUUAAUAAUUUUGCAUUGUCCACUGCUGUGAUGCUCUCAGCUUUUGUUGUUGAACUGUUGCCAUCCUAUUUCCCCUAGGGGACGUAACACCAGACUAACAAGACCAGAGGAUAUCUGCUUGAUUUUGCUGUUGAAGCUUCUUAUUACCUUCAGCUUAACUUCAAAAUGAAUUUUCAUACAAAACAAGGACUGCGGUUUUUUCAUUCCUUACAGUGUCGUCAUAUUAGGAAGGUAGCACUUCACAUCUAGUACAGUGAGUACGAGUGAAUAUAAUAAUAUAUAACUAAUGAAUAUAAUCUGACACGUGAGCACUGUAUAGACCAGGGGUCGGCAACUUAAAAUUCUCAAAGAGCCAUUUGGACCGUCUCUUUGGACCUGUAUGCUAUGUUUAAAAACUAUAGUGUGUGGCAUUUAUGAAAUCAAUGAACUGCUACAGAGAACACAAAAUUUUAUUUCUGUAUGCAACAAAAACAUUUUGAACUCCGAACAAAAGACGCUUGGUUGAUGCUAACUUUCAAAUGAAAUACUCAGUCUAUUUGAGUCCUCCUCGUAUUUACAAAAUAAAACUCCAAACUUAAAUUAUCCACCUGCAGCGAGCCAAACUUGCUGUGUGCUUCUCUGUUCCCUCAUCACUUUAUUGCGCGUACUAGAGCGUGCAGACAGCUGUCAACCUGAAAAUGUUGCCGUCUGGUGUCGCACAUCAGCGGUUGUGACGCAUAUUCUGAGCGACAAAAAAUUAAAAACGCUUUAUUUUUAAUGUUACAAGAUCACCAUAAUCUUCAAAU